AAGGAUCAUCCUCAUCAUCAUGCUGUACCGCCUGCAGUCCUGCCUCAAGUAUUUUGCCUUUUUGGGUCUGGUACCCUGGACAGAGAGCUGCCGACCGUGUCAGUAUUUUCAAAAGAUUUAUUCGCUAUUUUUAAUAUGCACAAAUCUCGCGAUAUUCUUUGUGGAAAUUGAAGUACCACAAAAAGAUUCACUGCUGCUGUCGCUGCUCGUUAGCAUGAUUGUGUUUAUUGCAAAGAUUACGUGCAUGACGGUCAUACUGCUGCAGCUGAUGUGCCAGUACCCCGGAUAUUAUGGAUACUGUGAGGAGUUUAAGCGCCUAAGGGAGCGCCUGGAAGUGCAGCUAAAGAUGGGCGCGUUGGCAUAUCCCCGCAGGCGUUACAUUAAAAUUGUAGUACUGGGCAUGGCCAGCCUGGGGACAAUGGCUAUUGUGAUUUAUACAUCCUUUAAUGCACGCUUGAUCUACGUUUGGUCCUCGUUGGUGGCCACCCUCAUCAUUCGAUGGCAGUGUGUGCUGCUGCUGCUCUAUGUGGACUUAAUGGGCUUCCAUGUGGAGCUGCUGGGCAAACGCAUACGGGAUGUGCUGCACUGUCAUUCGAUGGGUGGAAAUUGCUUGCCGGAUGGCAACUGCAAGCAGCUGUGCUCCCUGGAAUUCCUACUCGAGCUGAAGCAAAGCCACAUGCAGCUCUUUGAGCUUUUCGGUCAUUUCAAUGAUCUCUUUGGCUGGUCAAUUUUGAGUAUAUUUGUGGUAAUGUUCAUGGAUGGCACGGUGAAUGUGUACUGGACCCAACAGGUCCUGGCAGGUGCAUAUGAGUAUGUGUAUCUUUUUGCCUCACUAUCGUAUGCUCUGCCAUCAUUGGCUUUAAUUUUGGCUUUCUGCAGAUGUGGCGAGUACUGCAAAUGGCAGCACAUGCUCAUUGGCAGCCAUGUUCGUGCCUUGGCAUACACUCCUGCCCCACAGCCAUCGAAGGAGCCCGCGUACACUGAACUGCUGACAGAAUUUACCAUGCAAGUGGAGCACAAUGCAUUGGCCAUUAACGCCGAGGGUUUUAUGCUCAUUGAUAAUUCACUGCUCAUGUCGAUGUUUGCUGCCAUGGUAACAUAUUUGAUUGUUUUAAUGCAAUUCAGUGCAUCGUAGCAAAUUGAU